UAAAGCUAAUGCCGUAAGAUGGAUAAAACAGAUGUACAGUUUAUUUUGUUACGUGUCCAGCUGCUGAUCGCAGGGCUUUUACGGUACCAGACUUCCACGUGUGCGCACACAAAGAACUGAAGAUGCAACGGAGUGUUUAUCUCAUUUUGCUAAUCAGUAUCUCCAUCACCGGCCAAGCCAACAGCGGCGUUACCGUGGAUCCGCAGCAGCAGAACACCAGCCACCAAAUGGUCAGCGGCAACACCGGCAUCCCUUUUGAAUCCAUGUACAAUUGCUUCCCGGACUUAUUCAGGAAAGCCUACGCCGGUCUGGUGCAAAAUAUUAAGAGGUGUGAUAAAAACUGUGAUGCCAAUGCAACGGAACGGUGCAAUAGUAUAGCGGACCGAUGUGAUUGUCUGCCGGGAUCAGCUCGCACGUCUGUUACAGGAAAAUGUCAAGCAUCCGUCCAGUAUAGCGUUGGACUAGCUGUGGCUGAACUGUGCGGAAAACCGUUGUUAUUCCAGUCUCACAUGUCAAAUUUCUCACAUCCAAUAAUUCAAGAGUUAGCGGUCGUCGUGUGCUAUCAAAUCGAGCAAUUACUGAACAAAUCCGGCGGCUUAUCAGCUGGCCAGUAUAGUCCCGGGUCGUGUUACCCCAGCAGCUUUUCCCCUGGAAAGGUGGUGACGAACGUCGGUCUGGCUUUCGUACCUGCUGCACGCGACGAUAACGUUUCACCAGCGGAACUGGCCACGGCGCUGGGUACGGCGCUAAAUAGCGAUCCAGGCGCCGUUAGAGGGGAUGCCGGUGGACUCAGAGUGCGUCUGGCUCCGACGGACGGAUUGGGGAGAGCUCCGGCCAUUUCUCAGCCACCCUCCGUUGGUGGCAAAAUACAUGCUGAUUCUAACAGCGUAGAAAAACGCACUACAUAA